AUUUUUAAAAUAUUUUGCUGUGGCGAUCGGAUCAGUUCGCCAACUUCCAUGCACCUUGGGAGAUGAUUAACUAUUGACGUUGUCGGAUCUGUUCCAUUUUGGUCUUUUAGAGAAAAGAUUCCUAAAUUUACAAAAAUAAUUUGCUAAAUUUUAGUGCUACCAAAAAUUGAAGUGACAGUUUGGGUGUGCCACCUUUUGUUAAAAAAGCAAAGCACUCCCACCAAACCACUAAGCUCUGUCACAAAUCACAAUCCUCAACCACCCCCAGGCAGGGGCCUUAUUACGUCAACCCAAAAACCAAAAAACUCAUCUCAUCAAUUGCCCAAAAGGCCAUAUUACACAGACAAGAAAAAAAAAAUGGCAAUGGCUAUGGCUCUUCGUAGGCUCUCAUAUGCUUCCUCCAUUAAGCGCUCUUCCCUCUAUUACAUGUCGUCUUUGCCUAAUGAAGCAAUUCGUGAAAGGGAGGAUCCACGCGUUACGUGGAUAAAGCAGUUGAAUGCGCCACUUGAAGAAAUCGAUCCAGAGAUUGCUGACAUUAUUGAGCUUGAAAAAGCUAGGCAAUGGAAGGGUCUUGAGCUUAUCCCUUCAGAGAAUUUUACAUCACUGUCAGUGAUGCAAGCAGUUGGAUCAGUAAUGACUAACAAAUACAGUGAAGGGUAUCCUGGUGCUAGAUACUAUGGAGGAAAUGAGUACAUAGACAUGGCAGAGAGAUUGUGUCAAAAACGUGCAUUGGAAGUUUUUAAAUUGGAUCCUGCCCAAUGGGGAGUCAAUGUUCAGUCGUUGUCUGGAUCCCCUUCAAACUUUCAAGUGUACACUGCUUUAUUAAAGCCUCAUGAGAGAAUAAUGGCACUAGAUCUUCCUCAUGGUGGACAUCUUUCACAUGGUUAUCAGACUGACACAAAGAAGAUUUCUGCUGUUUCUAUCUUUUUCGAGACCAUGCCAUACAGAUUGGAUGAGAGCACAGGUUAUAUUGACUAUGAACAGCUGGAGAAAAGUGCAACGCUCUUCCGACCAAAGUUGAUUGUUGCUGGUGCAAGUGCUUAUGCUCGCCUAUAUGAUUAUGCACGUAUCCGCAAGGUAUGUGACAAGCAAAAAGCUGUUCUCUUGGCGGACAUGGCACAUAUCAGUGGGUUGGUUGCUGCUGGAGUCAUCCCUUCUCCUUUUGAGUAUGCAGAUGUUGUUACCACCACAACUCACAAGUCACUACGUGGGCCACGUGGGGCGAUGAUCUUCUUCAGAAAAGGGGUGAAGGAGAUAAACAAAAAGGGAGAAGAAGUGAUGUAUGACUAUGAAGAUAAAAUAAACCAAGCUGUUUUCCCUGGACUUCAAGGUGGCCCCCACAAUCACACAAUUUCUGGCUUAGCUGUUGCACUGAAACAAGUCAAGACACCAGAAUACAAGGCAUACCAAGAGCAAGUCCUUAGCAAUUGCUCUAAGUUUGCUGAGGUACUACUUGUAGUUAACUUCUUCUCCUAUAGCAUAGUGUAUGAUCAUUUCUCCCAUAGAGUAAAUGAUAAAAUAGAAUUAUGA